AAUGCAGUCAAAGGCGCUAUUCUUAAACGUGAUAAGUGAGAUGUCUCUUUAAAUCGCAAUAUGGCAGUAGCUACAAGGGGAUCUACGACGAUCAGAGGCUUUGUUGUAGCUCUUCCCCAAGAAAACAAUGAUGACAGCGACACGGAUGCAAAUGAGAGUGACGAUGAAUCUGACUGGCUCGAUUUUGGGGAAAUGUCAGCUAUGGCAGAUGGUGCAUCGUACAUAAAGUUUUCAGCAGCGAAAAAGAUAAGAGUGACCAUCAAGACUGUUACCCCACCCAAGAGAGAAUAUUUCUGUCAAGGCCAGCUUCAACUGAUUGACCCAUGGUGGUUGAUAACUGCACAGGCCAAGUACAGACAACGGUGCCAUUACAUUAACGGACAUCCUAAAUAUGAAUUACGUGAAGACAAUGCUGUCACAUCCCAUAAACUGGUUAUCCAAUUCCUUACAUCGGUGGGACGCACAGAAGACGACCACUCAGAUCCAAUGGUUGAUGGUUUGAUAAAGUAUUUUGAAGAUAAUGGUAUUGAUCAGAGGUUACAGUUUAAGGAUCUGGAAGGGGAGAUUGAGAAGUAUUUACGGACGCUUGGAGAAGCUGAUCUUGUAUCUGUCAAGAAGUCCCUGAACUCAGCUAUAUGGAAGACAGCCGGAGGGAAAGUUGUCCAGUUUGCGACUCGUUAUCCAAAGCUGUUCAAUGUGGCUUCCCAGCUGCUGCCAUGUCACUUUCUGAAGCUGGCGGAGAAGACUGAUAGCAUCGGAGAGAUGAACCUGCAGGCGCUGGAGGAAGCAACAGAGUCCAAGCUGUGGGUGUUCGGCUUUAAACAGAUCAUGUACCGGGACUUUGGGGUGAUGGGCUUGGAGGCACAUCUGCGGUCAUGGAUCAACUCCGGUCUGAUUAACCACAUACCACCUGUACAGAAAGAUGCUUUGUACAUGUACAAUGCUCUCAAACUGCACGCCAAGAAGAGAGGACACACGUAUGUGAAUGAAAAUGAACUGAGGUAUCGUUCAGCCCUGUUCUUUGAGAAACAUGUCGUGCAGAACUGGGAAGAAGCUCUCGCGUUCCUGAAUGAAAAUGCUGUAAUAAUAUUUGAAGAAGAGGUUGAUCAUGUCAAGAUAUUCCUCAAGAAUCUCUGGUACGCGGAGAGAGACACUGCCAAGGCUUUUGCAGCUGUUCUGGAGAAUGGAAGUAGGGAUCCCCUUGAAAUGGAUGUAGACCUUACUAGUGAAGACUUUGACAGCACCAGGACAGACACAGAUCAGUGGACAGCCGUCCACCUGAUGGUCAACUCUCCGAUUGCUGUCCUGUCUGGGAAAGGAGGGUGUGGCAAGACAUCCGUUGUCACCAAGCUUCUCAGCCAUGCCUUUGUCCGAAGUGGAAAAGCCCCAGAUUCUGAUGAAAACAAAGAGGAUGAAGAUGAGAACACCAGCAGGACACCAUUGAAACAGGACAGGUCUGGGAUCGGGGACGCAACAUUCAACACGACACAGGCAGAUAGUGAAGCCAUGACUAAAGAUGGCAACCAAGAGGAGGCGGAUACACCCUUGUCGAAGACUGUGCUUGGACAGAAGGUCCUGCUGACCGCUCCCACAGGGAAGGCAGCAAACUUGUUGGGCAGGAAGGCUCAGUUGAAGUCCUGCACCCUCCACAGUGUCAUUAUGAGUUAUAAGAUGUUUUGUAUCUUGAUGAACAAGAAGAAGGCUAACGGUGAGAAAGGUACAAGCUGGACUCAUGCUGACAAGGAGGUUCUAGUAGUGGAUGAGUGUAGUCUGGUGUCGGUCGGGACUUUUGCCACAGUGUUAAACAUCCUGCUGAAACAGUGCUGCUUAAAGAAGAUCAUUCUGCUGGGUGAUGUUCGACAGUUGCCGUCAAUCGAGCCUGGUAACUUCCUGGGUGACAUAUUCACAGUGCUGGCGCCACUUGGGUUUGGUAUUGAGCUGCAAACAAACCAUCGAGCUGAGUCAGAGCUUAUUGUGCAGAAUGCUACCAGGAUAGCUUCUCAAAUGAACCCAGUGUUUGACUCCUCGAGAAGAUUUUAUCUGUUGCAACCGGAGGAACAGGAUCAACAAAGUCGAGACGCCAUUGUACGGGGGCUGCUGACCAGAAGUGAAGAUCUGCAGGGCCCUGUCACCUCCCAGUUUGUGGCCUUUACCAGACGUGAUUGCGAGGCAGUGAAUGAACUGUGCUGCAAACACUACAACAAACAUUCACUGAAAACAUACAAGGGAAAAUUAGACUUCCAACCAGGCGAUAAAGUGUGUAUGACGAAAAAUGGCACAGUCUCUCACCACUUCAAGUUAGUAAAAAAGGAGCAGAAGACAGAAAAGGAGACUGCUGACCUGGCCCAAGGGUGUGCUGCAAGUCCUGGGCCGAGCAACGUCAAGAGAGGACAACAGACGUCUGUGAAACGGAACCUCAGCAUGCAGCUUGAUGAGAUCACUGCAAGCCAAGAUGGAUGCCAUGAUGGACAUGAUGGAUGCAGUGACAGAAACAAGGAGAGACUGAAUGAAAACGAUAAUUGUGAUGAUAAUGAAGUAGGUUCUAGAUUCACUGCUCUGAAAAAUCGAGAAAACAGUCGUGACCAGACCCAUGUUGAGGACCUUGAUGAAGGAGACUUCUGGAAGAGUAGCCAACUCGAGACGUCUGCUGCCUCCCAGACGUACACGGAAGCACUGGAUGAUCUCAUCAAUGCAGCAGGCAGGGGGAACAGCCACUUGGAAGAUUCUGCAUUUCUCAGUGAUGAUGAUCUCAGCACUCAGCCUGGAAGGUCAAGUAUGCUCAGGACUGAUGUGAGUGGUUUUCUGGAAAUAUUUCAUGGAAAUACAAGGAAAACCCUAGAUGUGACUGCCAAGAAGCCUGUUGCAAAUCAUGUCAGUAAUAAAAAUGUGACAUCUUCUCAGAAUAGAUCUGACAGUAGUGUUGAGCAACAACAGCAAGCUCAACAAGGGGGAGACAACACUGACCCUAUCCAACAAUCAGGGGCAGAUAACUCAGUCUGUGUCCCACCUCAGAAGGUUACAGCACCUGAGUUUGAAGAACAAGAGAUAGAUGGCAGCACUCCAGAGCGAUCAAUCUGUAAGAGAGAUGUUAAACUCUGCAAUGGCGAGAUCUUCUACAUUGAGAAGGAGCUGUCAAUCCUUGACAACCGUAACAAGGCAAGUCGCUACAUAUUCCUUUGUGACAGAGACGAGGAACACCCACGUUGUGUGUGUGCUCACUACAAACAGCUCAAGAAGACCUGUAAGAUGAAGCAUGCAUGGGUCAGGACUAUACACACAUUCCAGGGUUCUGAAUCUAAUUCAGUUGUGUACAUCCUGAGCCCGAAUAAUUUCUAUGAGAACUGGCAGCAUGUGUACACAGCCAUCACGAGGGGACGUCAUUCUGUGUACGUAGUGGGAAGGCGUGCGACACUCAACACAAUCAUCACACGCAAGGUGUUCCCCAGGAAGACCACUCUCAAGGUGAAGCUGCAGGACCACCUCCGACCUCGGGAGAAAAUAGUCCAGGUAUGUGUUAAGAAGAUUGCAGACAGCCUACAAGGCCAUCAGAAGGUGACAGCCAAGGGAGACAAUCAACUAAGUCUGUCGGAUGGGGAGAAGCCCCUGUUUGAUAGUGAUGACAGUUGGAUUGGCCAGGUUAAUGACUCGUUUGGCCUCAGUCUUGACCAGUCAGAUAUAGCCUACAGUACUGAUGUACCAUUAGAGCCAGGCAAUGUCACACCAAACAAGUUGCCUGGGAGUAGUCUCCCUUUGGACCCCAACCUUCUACAUCUGGAAGAGAGACGAAAACUUUCAAGCGGGCACAAAAUGAUAACACAGCAGAGUUGAUGUCACCACCGAAAUGUAAGAAGCCAUCAAAUGAACAGCUGGCAGUGACACCUGUCCGAUCAUCUCUCAGCUCGCUAACUCUGUGAUGUGUUUGUCAACAAUUACUCACAGCAGACUGUUAGCAGUGAACUUUAUCAACUUGCUGAAAACUUUAGCAUGAACCGGCCUGAAUAGGUCCUUGCUCUAUUGCUUUUCACACUCAGCACAAAUAGCGGAAACAUUGUUGAUGUAAUGUUUCAUCUUUCAAGACAUACUCGCUGACCAUAUAAUGGAGGAUAAGAUCUGUUAUAAGUUGUAGCCAUGUCAUGACUAAUGGAUGUUGUUUGGAGCAUCCCUCAGAGAUGCUGACCUCUAUGAUUUUAACGUAGUCGCUACAAAUUUUAGCCCCAAACUACGCCAAGAUGAUUGCACUAGAAAUUCUACGAAAUUGGAAGAAAAUUCAUUAAAAUUUUGAUAUA